AUGUCGUGUUCCCAGCCUUCCGCCCCAUCCGUCGAAGCGGCAGUGCAAGCUCACCUCCCUGCUCGGCGAGUAAAAGCCAUUCAGAGCCAAAUUCUUGAGUUCAAAAGCUCGCUCGAAGAUAUCCACGUGAAGCAAGCGAGAAACGAUGAGGCUCUUAUUAAACUAGGUUUCAAUAUUCCCGCGGGCCUGAUGCAUCAAGGCCGCGAGAUGAGGGAGGAGGUCGAAGCCCGCAGGAAGCUCCACAGUGAUAUCCAGCUCCGGAUGAACGUCAUGUUUAAAGACGUCGAAUUGGCACACAACGAUUUGAGUAGCAUUCGGGCCGCUGAGGAGAGCAAGAGAUGGAGCCAGCAGGUUCAGCAUGAUAUUUGGGGGGAAAUUCGGAAUUUUAGGCAGCAGGUGAGAGACUCGAUGGGGGAAGUCAGCGCCUUACAGACAAAUGUCAGCUCGUUGGAGAUGGAUGACUUGCAAUUAAAGCAGAUAUGUUUCAAAUAUGGCUAG